AUAAGCCACAGCUUGCAGCUCGGAAAAGUGGAAAUAUCAACCACAUGUCAUCUGCUCGACAUCGGCUGCGUUUGUCGUCGCCUGGUGGCCGCACGGGGGAAGCCCACAGCGUGAGCAGACAGGCAGAGUGAAGGCACACAGGGCUCAGAGCAUGUCGCCUCCUGUUGCUGCAGCUCACUGUGGGAUCUGCUGUCGACCUUUCACACUGUACACAUGAAGGCGGAAAGCUUUUUUGCGCCUCUCCUCGCUAUGUGCGACCCGGACCUUUGGAUGAGUUUACCAGCAAAACGUCUCCUCUGAGCCUGGAGGGGGGAAAAUUAAAAAAAACGGGUUUGUCGUUUGCGGGGAUUUUCUUUUUUUGACACAACUUGUCAGAGAAGUCGUUUUCUGCUCCUGCUACUGCUGGCGGUUUGUUCGGAGCUUCUUGCGGUGUAAAAGUGUGAAACAAGUAAAAGAGAGCAACAGAUGUUUCUGGUGGAUAUGCGGCCGGCUGAGGAAUGAAAGCAGCAGCGAGGCACCGGCGGCCCUUCCAGCGGUUCUGCUGCUGUGGAGUCGGGCUGGUCGCCGUCAUUUGGCUCGCGCAGGUCAUCCAGGCACCAGAGACAGAGUCUUUGGGGUUUCAGCCAGGCGUGAAUGGUGAGACGCUACAAUGGACACGAAGGUUAAUGCAGGAGAACUCAGACAACCAGAGCCUGGAUCUGGAUCAGCCCCGAGCAGCCAUCCAUGAGUUUCCAGAGGACAUCUUCACCAAGGAGCAGAGGAAGAAUGGGGCUGUGUGUCUCCAUGCACUCUGUGCCAUCUACAUGUUCUACGCUCUGGCAAUUGUCUGUGAUGACUACUUUGUUCCUUCCCUGGAGAAAAUAUCUGAGAACCUUCAGCUCAGUGAAGAUGUAGCCGGGGCCACAUUUAUGGCUGCUGGAAGCUCAGCUCCAGAGCUUUUCACCUCUCUCAUUGGUGUCUUCAUCACUAAAGGUGACGUUGGCGUCGGCACAAUCGUGGGCUCAGCUGUCUUCAACAUCCUGGUCAUAAUUGGUUUGAGUGGAAUCUUUGCAGGCCAGACAGUGGUUCUGACAUGGUGGUCUCUCUUUAGAGAUUCCUCCUACUACAUCCUGUCAGUACUGACUCUCAUCAUGGUCAUCUAUGAUGCCACAGUCGUCUGGUGGGAGUCCUUACUGCUAAUGACGAUGUAUGGAAUCUACAUUAUCAUCAUGAAGUUCAACUCCCAGAUUUUUGUGUUUGUGACACGUCGGUUGAGGAGCAUCAGGCCGUGCUGCCUCCGAUCAGAAGAACGGCGAGACAACAAGUUGGGAGAAGACACCUCGGCGUGCAACACAUCUAUGGUGCUUCUCAACAAAGGCCAAGCCCAUGGUCAGGAGGCUUCUCCAGUCGUCAUGGUAGAUGAGCUUCUCAUCCUCAACCCUCACAAACUGUCAUUCUCAGAGGCCGGCCUGCGGAUUAUGAUCACCCCCCACUUCUCACCCCGCACCAGGCUCUCCAUGGCCGGACGCAUGCUCAUCAGUGAGAGACAGAGACUGCUCCGUAUUUCAAAAAAUCAACGGGACGUUGAGGCCGGACCCGGGUCAAGAGGGGGGUCCACCAGCAACAGUCUGAAGAGGACAGCCUCCUGCAGUCUGGAGAACGGAGGCGGGAGACCCGGCAUGGUCAACACAGAGUCAGGAGACAAGCCAGGGACCGAGGUGUGCCAGCAAGAAGAUGAAGAUGACGAUGAAGAUGGGAUUUUCAGUCCAGUGCGCAUUCCAGAUGGCUGGCGUGCGCGGGUAAAGUGGGUGAUCACAUGGCCUCUGGGCCUAUUGCUCUACUGCACUGUGCCUAACUGCAUUCUGCCACGCUGGCACCGCUGGUUCAUGGUCACCUUUGUGGCCUCCACUUUAUGGAUCGCUGUCUUCUCCUACCUCAUGGUGUGGAUGGUCACCAUCAUCAGCUUUACACUAGACAUCCCAGACUACAUCAUGGGCAUAACCUUCCUGGCAGCAGGGACUAGCGUGCCUGACUGCAUGGCGAGUCUGAUUGUAGCUCGACAAGGCAUGGGGGACAUGGCAGUGUCCAACUCUGUAGGCAGCAAUAUCUUUGACAUCCUGCUGGGUUUGGGUUUCCCCUGGGCUUUGCGUACACUUGUGGUGGACCACGGAUCAAUAAUAUCCAUAAAUAAUAAAGGACUUGUAUAUUCUGUCAUCCUGCUGCUGGCGUCUGUGUUUCUGACAGUGCUGAGUGUUCAUCUGAACCACUGGAGACUGGACCGUCGGCUGGGUCUGGGUCUCAUGUUUCUCUAUGCCAUCUUCCUGCUCUGCUCUAUCCUCUUUGGGCAGAUGUGAGGCUUACAGGUCAAAGGCCAACCCAACUCAGACGCCAUGCUGAGUAUCUACCUUUCUACCACACGUCCUCCUUCCUGAAGCCAAAAAAAGUGAAAAAAAGUGACGGCAUUGAUGUAUUCCUCUUAUUAAUUCCUCUGCAACUCAGUGGGACUUGUUAGGGUGAUACUGUACACAUGCAACUACACAAAACGUUUUAGCUUUUUUUUUGGUCCUUCUUGUACAGUGGAGUGUUUAAAAGCAGUCUUUCGGUAUUAAAUUGGGUGAUCUAGCAGAAAAUGUAGGAAUGUGGCAGAUGGAAGCAGCAGAUCUGUUGGGCCUUUAGUGAUAUUUAAAAAAACACAAACAAGUUACGUAACUUAAAAGAUGUUGAAGUGCUGUUGUUGCACAAUGGUGUGGUUAUUUAAUGGCCAAUAUUUUGAUGAUAAUUGUACAGAGAACUGAGCUGAAUUUUUGUUUUUCUGUGUAAGUAUUACAGCAGCCACUCUGCUUUCCUUUCCUGCUAACGUGCUAUUAUAAAAGCUUUAUGGUCGGUGCUAGACUGAUGAUUGGCUGUUCUGCUUUCAGGUGAUGGAUGAAGCUCAUGAUUAGGUCACGUGGCAGCUAAAUUUGUCAGCUGUGGACUAAUUUGCUAAAUUGCUUUAAAAAACAUUUUAAAUUGGUUUGGAGAUGAGGUGCACCAAAGGCCUGGGUUCUGAAGCAAGUCCACCUUAAAAGGGAUGUUUUCUUAUCUGGCUUCAGUUAUCCUAACAUCAGAAAACCCAAUAAAUCUGACAAGGUUAACUCAGAAAAGUCAACCCAGGGUUUGUUUUUAAUUAGCAAUGACUGAGUUCAUGUGAGAGGGACUGUGUUUGCAGAUGACCAGUCGUAAACAUGGACAAGAGUAUUGACACUGUUGCCACAUGAUUUACAAAACUGUAAUAUUAAAAGAAUAUUAAAAGAAAAAAAAACAAUCAAAUCAGAUAAGGUCAGAUUUAAAGAAGUGUACGUGUGACAGAAAGACAACUUUGCUCAUUAAAACAUAAAAUGCUACAUGAGUGUAAGCCAUUUAUAGCUAAAUGCAAGAUACUCAAUCACUGCUCGAUCAUGAAGGUAGAAAGGGUCUACUAUUACUCUGCGUUACUUUAAGGUGCUGGUUGCCUAAAAGAAAGUUCCUCUGGGGUUUAAGACAGUUUAAGUCCUUCAGUUGCAAACUAGUCAUUGUUACAUGUCUGAGAACAACACUGGCUCAUCUCAGUGUAACACAAAGUCAUUUAAACUUCUGGUCUGUUGCUCUGUCCAGUUAGGAAUCACUGCGAAUACAUUUCACCUGUUUUGGUGCAAAUGAAAGUAACAAGAAGAUGAUGACCCCCAAAGAGCAGCUCUCUCUCCUGACUAUCUCCUGACUGAUUUUUCUCUAGAUUCGCCUUUUGCCAACUUCCUUGUCACAGUAGUUGCAGUUGCAUUCAAGGUUUACGGGUUGUCCAGCUUCAGCAGGAUGACACAUCGUUUGAUGCUUUUGUAAGGAAGGAAGUAGGCUGUUAUAUGAGAGAGAGAGCACUACAAAACUCAUCAAUCCUGCUGCAAGACUGCUGUCUUCUCCUGUAUACAAUGAGGAAGAAGAGUACUUCUAGAGCGCUGCAAAUGACCUCCAAUGGGUUACUCUUGCAUGUUUCUGAAACAGGUGGCCCUGGUCUCCUUUAGUGGGACCUGUUCUCACAGACCAGCCCCAUGUAGCCUGAAUGGGCUUCAGGUACCAUCACAUGCUACCACUACUAACAAGGAGUCUAGCAGAAAAGCGAAACUAGAAAAAACUAGAAAAAGCAAAUCUAAAAAAGCCACUGCACUUGUCACUUUCAUUUGCACCAAUGCAGAUUCACGGUGGUUUAUGUUUAUGACUCUGUGUCAUACUGGGGCGAUUAAGUGUUCAGUCAAUAAUUCAGUCCAGUUAGUAGGCUUUGCUGACUUGCUAAUUUUACAUAAGGACUAAGUACAAAAGUUAGCUAUAGCUAUAUUAAUAAUUAUAGAACAAUGAAAAGGUUUAGAUUUGUACAAGUUACUCCUGCUAAGAAGUGUAACUUCUUUACAAAGUGUAACUUUGUAACUAUCUUUUACAAAGAUAGUUAUCUUUGUAAAACUAAAAACUCAAGCCCUUAAUCCUGGAUUAUAGUCCAGGACUCGGAGUCAUGAAAUAUCCGUUCAUCUCUAAUUUGAAAUAAAAAAUUUUAAAAAAACAACCAUAAACUCCAAUAUAACUUAUAGCAAAGUAUUAAUCACUUAAGCUCUUAGUACAGUUUUUUAUGUCUGUAUUUAGUCUGAAAAUAAACUCAGAACUAAAUCGGUCAAGAAAACGCAGAGACGUAAAUACUCUUCUCUGAAAUAUAGAGGUGUAUAAGUGCAACUUGUCAAUGUGGAAAUGCUGACAAACUGCCAUUGAUCUGGAGUUUUGGUUGGCGCACUCUGAGGGCAUCUCUUCAAAAACUCUCUACUCUUAAUGAGACUCCUGCAGGCACAUUGAAAGGGCCAACAACCAAUCACCUCCCCCCAGCUGAUCCAGUCCAGCACCAACCAAGAUUUAUUUGGCGAUACAUGUUAGCAACCCUAAGAGCAGAAAAAUCUGCAAAUCUUUCCCAUUUCUACUGGAUAGAUUUCAGAUCGCACUGUUCUCCAUUCAUUUUAGAGCAAUAGUAAUACAGCAAAUUUACAUGUUCUACCUUUUUCAUUUAUUUAGAUUUUCAGUGGUAAUUCAGCCAAGCUAAUGCAUGACAACAUCACUACCCAGCUGACUUCACCAUCGCAACAAGGACAAAUGGUUUCUGGGAGGGUUCGUUUUACUGACCUGUGUCUGAUACUGAAUCCACAUAUUUUCACGCAGGAAUUCAGUAUUUUUAUUUUAUUUCUGACUACAAAAAUCAAAGCGGCUGAGAAAGGUUUACACAGCUUGGAUGGAGGGCAAAAAUAAUGCAUCAACAGUAAAAAUCCUACUCUGCAUACAGUACAGAAAAAUGUCUUUAUCAUACGGAAUAAGAUAUGUUUCUUUCCCCACAAUAAUAGGGAGAAAACCUCAAUAAUCAGGUGACCCCCCUCAUAUGAGCAAGGCCAUGGCGAUAGUGGGAAGGAAAAACUCCCUUUUAUUAGGGAGGAACUUCCAGCAGAACCUGGUUCAGGGAGGGGCGGCCAUCUGACCAGUGAGGGGGUAAGGGGGAGGGACACAGAACAAUAAAGUCACCCUGGAAGAGAUACAGAGAUUAAUAACUACUGAUUAAAUGCCGAGUGGUGUGUAAGCACAUAGAGAAUGAAAAAAGGUGAGUCGGGAUUAAAGACUCGGUGCAUCAUGGGAAGCCCCCCCAGCAGUCUAGGUGUAUUGAAUCAUAACUAAGGGAGGCUUCAGGGUCAUGUGAUCCUAUAUGCUUUAUCAAAAAAGGCAAUUUUUAGGCCUAAUGUUAAAAGUAGAGAAGGCGUCCAAACAUAAGCAGGCAAAUAAAAAAGAGGGAAACCACUGCAGUUUUGAAUCUUACCAACAAGAAAUAACUUUUCAAUCACAUCACAGGAGUUUCGCAUCAUAUUGGCACAAUUUAAGCUGGUCAUUUCAAGUCAUUUUGUCCGUGCUGCGAAGAGAUUACGAAUAGAGAUUUUCGAAUAGCCUCGUAUUUUCUGAAUGUAGCUGACGUUUGUGUGAAAAUAUUUACAUGCAUUCAAAUGUAGCAGCUGGCACUGAGUUACAGCAGAGCACGUCAGACGAGAAAGUGGGUACUUUUUAGUCCUGCACCACAGGAAACCAUACAUGCGUCAGACUGUUUUUAAUACAGCCGAAAUGAAAUGCACAGUUUCACAAUAUUUUGAAAAUUUUGCCUGAUUCUAAGCACGUGUUGCUGCAGCUUACUGUAAGUAAAAAGAGUAGCAGUAGUACUACGUUUUGUUUUGGGGGUUGUUUUUUUUUCGUUUUGAGGUCUUAUUACUAUGAAAUCUAAUAUAUAUAAAAAAUAUCAGUGUCACAGAUUUUAAUGACUUUAUGUGCAGGUUACUAGUGAAACGUCACGUUUAGGUACGACUAUCGAUGUUUGUAUUUCUUGUACGUUUUAUGCGAUCGUGUCACUUUGGUGGAACAUUGUGCAGCAAAGCAGCCGAUCAGGAUAGACACAAAACAGCGCGCACACGCAGAGACGCGUCUGCUGUGUAUUUAUUGUGUCAAAAAUCGCUUUGUGUUAUACAAUAUAUACUCAGAUACACAGUGUAAUUGUUGGUUUCUGAUGGACAAACUGUCCUCUUUCAGCUUGUUGUGUGAAUUCAAAUCUUAAAUGUUCCAGCAAAGGGAUCCAGGUGAUUUUUUUUCUUCCUUCAAAUGGCUGUACAAUUAUUAUCUUUGUCUAUUGGACAAUACUUUUUACUGUUUUUAAAUGUUAAAUCAUUUACAUAGUUUUACAAUAAUGAAUGUCCUACAGAGACUAGUUUUGUGGUGUUUUUAAAUAUAUUUUUUAAAUACAUGAUGUAAAGUUAAUUGUGAGUUAUUGUAAUGGAAACGAAUGCGCGCUCUGCCGGUGCGUUCAGUGACCUUUCUAAGGUGGUAAUCUUUUGUUUCGUGGCUGAUUCACUGACACGGCUGGACUUCACGUAAGAGAGCAAAGAAGACGACGCUCCUAUUUACAGGUUUAAAUUCAGUGAGAAUUUUGAAAUUUGUGAGCAGAAAACAGUGAAUUUCUUUUAUCUCUGCCAAGUUGUUUAGUUGGUUGUCUGCAGUGGAGGCAAAUGAAGCUUAUUUUUAAUUAACUUUAAUUGACUAUUAGACUUUUUACUUUGACUUUUAACUAGUUAGGUGUGCAUGAUUUUGGAUGAUGACAUUGUUUUUGUAAUUAUGCCUCUGUACGCGACCAAGUCUGUAGACUUCAGCCAGCCAUUGAUUGCAAAGGGUUUUCAUCCAAGUAUUAAAAACAAACUUUCUAUUUAAAAUGUUGCUGUCCAAAUCCUUUUAAUAUUUAUAAACACAACUGAUGAAAACCCCGUUGAAUCAAAGCCUAAAAUCUGCAUUUUAAUCACAUCUAGACCGUUUUCACAGCACCACAGUGGAUUUUACAUCAGAGGUGAAAUUACAAAAAGUGUCAAUUAUCCAAAUGUUUAUGGGCUUAACUGUAUAUUUCAGAUCACAGCAACAGUCUUGCAUGUUAUCAAAGUCCGGUUUUAGAUCGAUUUGCUUUGAUAUUUUGUCAAAUUAAUGAGCAGGUUCCAAAGAUGGUGGAGUGCAGUCGAGGUUCAGAGGUCUGUUUUUGUGCAGCACUCACAAUGAAAGGGAAACGUUUACUCAAUGCUGAAACUUUGUGGGGGGGUUUUUUUGUUUUUUUUUUAAAAUAGAAAUGAAUCAUCAUAAUAAUUGCUGACAUAUUAAGCUGCUAUUGCAUAUUCAUUGGCCAACACUGGCCUUGUUCACUUUUGUUGGCAUAUCAGUAAAUAACACGUCACUGGCCGACAUUAACGUUAGAAUUUUUGUGCAGUUCAAACUUUUAAAGUUAGCGUGUGAAGAGCCAUGAUGAAGAUCUUUGUUCUUUUCACACAGGAGGGACAAAUAUGUAACUAAAACUCAGAAACAGGUGAUAUUUAUAAGGGCAAUGAUUUGUUGUUUGUAAUGUUUUCCCAACUCAAUAUCUUAAUCCAUUAUUAUUAUUAUUAUUAUUAUUAUUAUUAUUAUUAUUAUGAUAGAAAAAGGUAUAGGUAAGCCUUCAUCUUAGAGCCACUACAGGCAAACAGAGAUAAAAUGUUGGGUGAAAAUUUGCCUCAUAAAGUGGCCAACCCCACAGUCUGAGUAUCACUAUACUUAAAGUUUAAUUGCCAAUAUGAGCACAGAAUAUCAGGUAAUGAUUGCAUUCAACUUUUUCCUAUCAUCUCCAUCCUUCAUCCAUCAAAAUUUGUUGUUUUGCCAGCAGUUUACUUAGAGCAGUGUGUGACACCAGAGUCUUUUUUCACUCCGCUGUAAGCUCCUGAUACACACCUCAUAAUAAGCAGCGUCAGAACAGCUCGACUUGCUGCAGUACUUGUUGUGGUUUCACCACAAAAAAGCAAAAUAA